AUAUUGCUAUUGAGAAUGUUUUGUCUGGUGUUAGAGGAGAAACUUUGCCGCACGCUGUGGAAGUAAAUUUUGAUACAAAGUAGUUAAAAUUUUAUGCAACGUAAAUCUUUCAAAUUAAUAAUUAUUCUGUGUUACGUUGAUGAGAUCGUACAUCGUCACACUUUGUCUCAGUCCCUCAUUGUCUCAUUGUAUAAAUGAUUUUAUGGUUUUUUUUUUAGAAAAAAAUAUAGUACUUAAUGACUCAUUGCGGAAGUUUACUCCUUGGCAUUUAUUAAACAUAAUUAGAAAUUUCAUAAUGAAUUUUUAGUUAAUUAUUUCUUGGAAUUAAAAGGAGGAUUUUUUUUUGCUUACCCUAUUAGUUUAACAAAGAAAUUGUUACGCAAAAAUGAUAAUUCCGGCUAGAUCGAAAAAAAUAUUUAAGGCUUUGCCUUUACCGCUCCUAGAAUUAUGAAGAGGAGGUUGAAUUAUUUCUUAUGUUUAAAAUUUACAUGAAUAAUGACUACUCAAUAUCAUGCGCAGUCUGAAGAUAAAAUUAUUACUUACGAAGAGGAACGUAAAGAAAGAAAAGCCAAGCUGAUCUUCUUGAUUAUCAUUGGCAUUCUUACAGCCGCUUAUGGGUCAUGGAAUUUCUACAGAAUGUAUGUUGCGGUUCACAACCCUGUGGUCACGAUGAAAACGAGCAUAAGGCAAAGCGUGGUGAUUUGUGGGAAAACGCUGAAUAUGCAACCCAGAUGUUAUAAAUCGGAGUUUAAUGCUGCGGAUGAUGACUAUCAGUUGGGUGCUAGCUGUGAUCGAUAUCUGACGAAUUACGAUUCUAGAAUGGACGCAACGCUUAUAUUGAAUCCAUACCAGAAGGAUGAUGGUUUAGUCUUUGAUAAUUCUACUCAAAAGAUUGCGCUCGCGUUAUGGUCUACUGAAAAGGCUAACAAUACGCAAUUCAAUAUUACUAAAGACGAAUGGUUCUUUUAUGGGACCUUUACUGAGCGGGACAAUCCAUAUAGAGUUAGAUUCCAAAUUGUAAAAAUGCCUUCCAUCAGUUACAUUUAUUUCAAAAGAGAAGAACACUACAAUAUCUCUCGAUCAGGCGCCAUAUUCGGCGAUGCAACAUCAUCGGAUGUUAAAUCAAACGCAAAAGUAGCAAUUGAAACAACAUUUGCAAGUUUCGAUCUAACCGGGUUUGCUAUUAGUCCAAAUUUGUGGGAGAUACUUAGAAUUGUUCCUUCGAAAUAUGUCACGAACCCGGGUACCAAUACUCAAGAAUAUCCAGUAUCAGUAGUUUAUAAUCGCGUUGAAUUUACACUUCUUCAAUUGGCGGCUAAUAUGGGAGGGUUUGUAUCAAUUCUAAGUGCCGCCUAUUUUAUCUUAUUUGGUUCCCAACGAGUUAAUCCUUGGGGUAUAGUACAACGCCAUAUACUUAAAAGUGUUCCAACCGUACCACCAGUUUAUAUGCCAUCAAUUAACGAUAAUUUGGAAAAAGGGUAUCUGUCUCUCUCACAAACAUUCCACAAUAAUGGACCUCAACAUACAUCUGAACUUCCUCUUCCUGUUUUUAACCGUCAAGUUACAGAAGAUUAUAUUGCACAAGGUGGCUUACUUACAAAUGUACCAAUAUCACCUCAUGUUGAUUUUUUUUCCAUACAUACAGUAACCCUAUCAUAACUCUAUCACGUGACACAUUUUUAAUUAGACAUACAGAGAAUUCGUCAUGAACUUAGAGCCGAAGUUCAGCUGACUAUAGCGCGUGAAUUGGAAAAAUUGAAAUUAUUUUUAAGUAAAUAUUACCUGAAAGAUGUGAUAAAGCCGAACAAACAAUAAAUAUUUCAGUAAAUUUAUUUAAUUUUGCACCAUAUCCAAAAAAGUCUUUUUCCAAACUUUGACCUAAUAAAAUGCCAUAAUUUUAUUUCAUGAAAUGUUUUUAAAUACUAUGUAAAU